CUCGCCAAAUUUCUGUCCGGGAGUCGUUGACACUCCUUCAUAACCCUGCUCUUUCGCGCAGAUGGCCAAAGCGCCGUGGGCACAGAAGUCUCCAAACCCCAGAAUUCUACUUACCGCACCGAACCCCAGUAGACAGACCACCGAGAUAGAGGAUGAGACCAUAAAAUAGCCUAGUGUUAAUUGUAGUUAUUUCAAUGAAUUCAUGAAUAUAGCCGUAUGGUUUUCUUUCCUACACCUUUGUGCAAACUCAUCUACACUCUAUGUGCACGUCCCCGGUACCAGCUGCACAUCCCCAGCCGGCGUUGGUGAUGCCAUGCCCCGCAACCACAGUGGCGAUGAGGCCGGUACUGGGCUCUGGAUGAAUACCUCCCCAGGGCGUCGGGCUCAGGACUACGGGUUGAAAGAUGUGGAGUCUGGACGGAGGAUGAUGAACAACGCGGUUCGAGUCGGAGACAGGAUGCUUUCGCUGGGCCCUGCAGGUGCAGACGGCGCGGAGAGGCAAAAGGGCGCCCGGAUGAGUUUGCUCGGGAAGCCGCUCAUCUACAGCGCGCAGAGCGGGCGCAGGAAUGUGCGCUACCGGCGUCUGCAGAAUUACCUCUACAAUGUGCUGGAGAGACCCAGGGCAUGGGCGUUCAUCUACCAUGCCUUCGUGUUCAUCUUGGUGUUUGGCUGUCUGGUCCUGUCAGUGUUCUCCACAAUCCCUGCCCAUCAAGACCUGUCCAACCACUGUCUGCUCAUCCUGGAGUUUGUGAUGAUCGUGGUGUUUGGGCUGGAGUACAUCAUCAGGAUAUGGAGCGCAGGCUGCUGCUGUCGCUACAGGGGAUGGCAGGGACGCCUCCGCUUUGCCAGGAAACCCUUCUGUGUCAUAGACAUAAUUGUCCUCAUAGCUUCCAUUGCUGUGGUGUCCGCUGGUAGCCAAGGUAACAUAUUUGCCACCUCAGCAUUGCGUAGCCUUCGCUUCCUGCAGAUCCUGCGGAUGGUGCGUAUGGACCGCAGAGGGGGCACUUGGAAACUACUGGGAUCUGUAGUCUAUGCACACAGUAAGGAGUUGGUGACAGCCUGGUACAUUGGGUUCCUGGUGCUCAUCUUCUCUUCGUUCCUGGUCUACCUCGUGGAGAAGGAGUUCAAUAAAGACUUUGCCACCUAUGCCGAUGCUCUGUGGUGGGGCACAAUCACCCUGACAACUAUCGGUUAUGGAGACAAGACUCCUCAGACAUGGACAGGUCGUCUGAUCUCAGCUGGCUUUGCUCUGAUGGGAAUCUCCUUCUUCGCCCUGCCUGCCGGUAUCCUGGGCUCAGGUUUUGCCCUGAAGGUACAGGAACAGCACAGACAAAAACACUUUGAGAAGAGGAGGAACCCAGCAGCCAGCCUCAUCCAGUGUGUCUGGCGUAGUUAUGCUGCUGAUGAGAACUCGGUUUCCAUAGCUACCUGGAAGCCUCAUUUGAAGGCGUUGCAUACCUGCAGUCCUGCAAAGAAAGAACAGGGCGAGACAACUAGCAGUACAAAGUUGAGCUUUAAGGAGCGGGUACGGAUGGCAAGCCCUCGCGGCCAGAGCAUGAAGAGCCGCCAGACAUCCAUCAACAAUGACCGACGCUGUUCCCCAGGCAACGAUGUGGCGGGCGCUAACACGGGAACCAGCCCUGCUAAGGUGCAGAAGAGCUGGAGCUUCAACGACCGCACACGCUUUAGACCCUCCCUGCGCCUCAAGAGUCAAUCACGCACCGCGCCCUCCGAGGUGGACACAGGAAUGGGGAAUGAUGACGUAUUCGGCGACAGAGUUUGCCACUGUGAUGUCACCGUGGAAGACCUAUCAGCUCCAUUGAAGUCUGUCAUCAGAGCCGUCAGGAUCAUGAAGUUUCAUGUGGCAAAGAAGAAGUUUAAGGAGACUCUGCGCCCCUAUGAUGUGAAAGAUGUGAUAGAACAGUACUCUGCAGGACACCUGGAUAUGCUCUGCAGAAUCAAGAGUCUACAGACUAGGCUGGACACCAUAGUGGGUCCUCCUCAGCAGCAGCUGCUGAGCCCCAGAGUCAAGACAUUUUCCUCCCCCUCCCUGCACUUAUAUUACAACCAGGCCAGGAGGAAGUCCAUGCCAGGGACGAAGUCUGUCCCAGGACUGGCCACUGGACUGGGUCCCACACUGGGCAGCAAACCUGGGAACAUGUCCUCCCCCUCCCUGCAAUUAUAUUACAGCCAGGCCAGGAGGAAGUCCACCCCAGGGAUGAAGUCCCCAGGGGUGGAUCAGAUCCUGGGUAAGGGCCAAAUCCCCAUCGACAAGAAGAUCAGGGACAAGCUGCACCCUGACAGGGAUAACCUGGAGGACAUGAGCAUGCUGGGACGUGUGUGUAAGGUAGAAAGACAGGUGACGUCCAUAGAGUCAAAGCUGGACUCUCUGCUGGAUGUGUACAGGCAGGUGUUACAAAAUGGUUCGUCUGCCCUCACCCUCUCCUCCCUGCCCCUGUUCGAGCUGGAGCACCAGACCUCCGACUACCGAAGCUCCAUCCUCAGCAAGGACCUGUCCUCUGACUCCCCCCAGGGAGGGGAGGGCAGAGGAGGGCAUGAAAGUGGUGGGGGGAUGUCCCGGUCAACAACAGGACAUCUCUCCAGGGGCCUCCAGCUCAUCCUGGCCCCCAGCGAGCUCACCCUCAACACCUGCCCCCCGUCCUACCCUGCCUCCACUGCAUCCCUCACGCCCUCGCCUCUCCUGCCGCCUGACAGCCCCUACCCGCUCCUCACCACACCCAGUAGUUUCCCCAGGCGAGCGCACUUCCCUGACCUCCCGCCCCCUCCACCAUCCGCUGGUGCUGCCACCCUUCAGCUGCCCCCUAUGGGCCCCCAGCAAAGACGUCCCCUCAGCCCCACCCAAGAUGCUACACGAGGGGGUAGGCAGGAGCAGAGCUCAGGCCUCUCUAUGGUGGUAGGCUCCGGGGUGGACCAUGGAGAGGAGGGGGACAGAGAGGGUGGACAUAGCUGGGGCAGGGUGCAGCUGAGGGGGAAGCCCCAUUUGAGGGAGGAGGGCCCCUGGAGGAGGCACAUGAGCCUGGAGGUGGACCCCAUGCUGCUGCUUUCCUCUGGAUGUGAUGGCAAGCCCUCGGAGCAGGAACAGGGGCUGGGGAAGUCCCUGUCGGCACAUAACCUCACCCAGCCAUCUGCAGACAACCUUCCUAACCUGUCCUCCCCCCUCGGCAACAGUAGAAGUUCUAGUGACGACUUCCAUGGCGACCCCGACGCUAGCAACUGGGGGGAGACAGACCUUUUCAUCACCGGCCGUGACCUGGAACCGCAGGAGGACCAGUUUGAUUUCCUGUCCCAGGGGAGUGACUUCCUGUCCCAUCCCACAGCGGACGGUACUGGCUGCUUGGACGUUCUGCGGACUGAAGAUGGGGGGUCCUUAAGCAGUCUGACUGGUCCCCGCACCCACACAACGGGCAGUGCAGAGUCCCUCAACCAGCCUACCCACGUACGACUAAAAUAACUCUUCCAUAGGAGUGAAUAAGAUAAACCCUCCCCCCAACACAUACAUUACCAAUAUUACCACUGGACAAACAACAAAUAUAAUUGCAACUGUUGAUUAUAACCCUGUUUUUAAGAGAUGGGGGGGGGGGUUCUCACUCCUUUCAAUCAAAGAUUUCAGGCACCCUUUAUACUCUCAUACAUAUCAUUGCAUGGACUAUUUCGAAUUUCCUAAAACAGGAACAAGCAGAGAAACUAACAGGGGGAGGGGAGAUAGGGGAGGAAGAUUGGACAAAAGAGAGGAUGGUCAGAUAGUGUUAAUGUUUGCUCUCUCGGCUAUGCAUGACAACUGCAUGUCUAAACCGCACUUUGGGGUCGAGAGCAUUCAAGCCCUGGAAACACAGUCAUGAUGGCUGAGCCUAACCUCAUAAGUCCACAUUUCACCUGUUUAUCUGCAUGUUCCAGUAAUGUAUCCUCCAAACCCUUUUGGAGGCAAUUAUGAGCAGUCAGCAAUUAUUACCCAAAUAUAGAAAAUGUCGUAAAUAGAUAAUACAAUAACUAAUUUGAUAAUAACAUAAGAUAAUCCUACUGAUGUAAAGUUGUCAAAACAUUUUUUUUAAAUACAUUUUACAAUCUUGUGUGGCCAUUUGAUUUUGAUGACAAAUCCAAUAUGCUGAUUGGGUGCUCUAAUCUGACAAGGCCAGUAGGAUUCAGUAUUUUCACUUUUAAAGGCAUUUGAGUGAAAGACAAACCGCAGCCAAAUAAGAUCAGUUAUUACUAUGAUACUGUAGAUGGUGAAACAAGGCCGUGGAACACUGCAGUUGUCGGUCACAAUAAACACUACAGAAUUCAGGGUUCCUUGUCGUACAGCUCAUGAGCCCACAGUAUUCCCUUCUGUUACUAGCUGGUUGACAGGGGACACUUCAAACUUUUAAAAUAAAUACAGUAUAUCUCCUCAAAGUGGAUGAACAUUAGUCUAUGACAGGUUGGGGACAUCUCUACAAAUGGUUAGCCAGCCUACACUUUGUCAGUAGCUAUAAUGAUCAGAACUUGUUACAGACUUGCCAAGGUACAGAUGAGCGGUGUGAGAGUAAGUCAGAGGAGUUGGAUCCUAAAUACAGGGAGAGAGGACCUGAUCCAUCAUGUUUUAGUCCCCUUAAAGUGGUGGUAUGUGAGCCUACAAGCCUGGCACUUCCAAUAGAGCACACAGGUUCUUUUGUCUAGAGAAGGCCACUGGUCUUAUGUGUCUACUGUCCAACCAAUGUCAUCCCUAAUGAUGCUGUCCAUAGAGAUACACAGACAGGAAAGUAAUGAACAAGCCAUGUUGUAAGUGGAUGGAGAAUAUGGCAACAAGUCUGCUGUCAACGAGCUCAACUUCUGAAUGUGAUUUGUCUGUUGUUUGCAUGUCCCACUGCCUUACGAGGCAGCAGCACUGCUGACUGCCACUCAGCCUAAACACAGACGACGGCUCUUGAAUGAGAAUAUGCACCAACUGUGUUAGACAUCUUUAUUUUCUCUAAUGUUGCACCUUUUUGUCGUUGAAGGAGAGAGGCACAGCAGUCUUUUAUAUGUAUUCUGUCGAGUUAACGAUGACAGCUUCCAUUCAACAUGUUUGUUUAUGUUUUUAUUUUGUUUUUUUUGAUUGGUGCAUAGGUGCAUUGGCUUAGCUGAUUAGCAAUUAUACUGUAUAAUGUGUAUAUUUUAUGUUCAUAUGUGUGACGUGACCAGCAAAAUCUAUAUAGCUGUGUGUUACAAUGGGAUUUUGUAUGAAAAUGGCCCGAGUUGGUACGAUAAAUGCACAACUGAAAGCACAAUUGUUUGGAGACGUUGGAACCUGCAUAUGUGACUGGUGGUGUUAUUCUCUGUAAUGAAAUGUUUUCCAGAUACAUAAUCAAAAAACUGCGCUACAGACAGGAAGUACUUGUACAGAGGACAGAUGCAUUGGCGGCAGGGCUGAAUAUUGAAUCCACUUGGAUAACUAUGGAGUUAUGAACUCUUUCAUAAUAUCAUGCUUGGUCUAAAGUCUGAAGUUAUUAUAACGUUUACUUCACUGACAUUAAUGGUUCAUUCCCAUCAGUUGAUUCUGGAAAUGGUCGUUCCAUGUGAUUUCAAUCACUUUCUGACUGCACCCCUUUUGAUUUGAACGAAACCUUCCGUACAUGUUUGUCCAUGUGAGAAGUGGUCAGAAAGGGACUGAAUGCCAAAGCAUUCAGGAUCUAGAGAUGCUCAAAGUUGACACAUUUUGCAUACCCUGUCCUACCAUGAGGCAUCCAUGUCUUCAUCACUGAAUAAGAUAAACGGUUGAGUUUGACAUCAUUUGAAAGCUUACAAACAGGGUUAUACAACUGUUAUAUGAUUUAUUGAAAGAAAGCAUUUAAAAUAAUAAUGAUGUCCUUUUUUUAAGCUUUAACAUAAAACACAUAUGGGAUCAUGUAGUAACCAAAAAAGUGUUUAACAAAUCAAAAUAUAUUUUACAUUUGACAUUCUUCAAAGUAGCCUCCCUUUGCCUUGAUGACAGCUUUGCACACUAUUGGCAUUCUCUCAACCAGCUUCAUCUGGAAUGCUUUUCCAACAGUCUUGAAGGAGUUCCCACAUAUGCUGAGCACUUGUUGGCUGCUGUUCUUUCACUCUGUGGUCAAACUCAUCCCAAACCAUCUCAACUGGGUUGAGGUUGGGUGAUUGUGGUGGCCAGGUUAUCUGAUGCAGCACUCCAUCACUCACCUUCUUGGUCAAAUAUCCCUUACACAGCCUGGAGAUGUGUAUUGAGUCAUUGUCAUGUUGAAAAAUAAACGAUAGUCCCACUAAGAGCAAACCAGAUGGGGUGGAAAAUUGCGGCAGAGUGUUGUGGUAGCCAUGCUCAUUAAGUGUGCCUUAAAUUCUAAUUAAAUCACAGACAGUGUCAUCAACAAAGAACCACCACACCAUCAAACCUUCUCCUCCAUGCUUCACAGUGGGAACGAUCUGUUCAUCUACUCUGCGUCUCACAAUGACAUGGUGGUUAGAACCAAAACAAUCUCUAUUUGGAGUCAUCACACCAAAAGGACAGAUUUCCACCGGUCUAAUGUCCAUUUAUUUUGUUUCUUGACCCAAGCAAGUCUCUUCUUAUUAUUGGUGUCCUUUAGUAGUGGUUUCUUUGAAGCAAUUCAACCAUGAAGGCCUGAUUCACGCAGUCUCCUCUGAACAGUUGAUGUUGAACAGUCUGUUACUUGAACUCUGUGAAGCAUUUAUUUGGGCGGCCAUUUCUGAGGCUGGUAACUCUAAUGAACUUAUCCUCUGCAGCAAACGUCACUCUGGGGCUUCCGUUCCUGUGCCGGUCCUCUGAGAGCCAGUUUCAUCAUAGCGCUUGAUGGUUUUUGCAACUGCACUUGAAGAAACUUUUAAAGUUCUUGAAAUGUUCCGGAUUGACUGACAUUCAUGUCUUAAAGUAACAAUGGACUGUCAUUUCUCUUUGUUUAUUUGAAUUGUUCUUGCCAUAAUAUGGACUUGGUCUUUUACCAAAUAUACUUUCCCAUUCAAGUUGACUUUCAACAAUGGGUGGACAAUCAGCCAUCUUUCUGGUAGUAAUUAGAAGUUCAAGUUUCAAUUCAAAUGUCAAUGGUGUACAACCUACUGUACAUUUCAUGGGUCUGAAAGGAUAGGUCCAUUCUAUUAGUUAUAUAUCUAUGAUUAAAUAAACACCCACCCUGUAUUCAAUAGUAUGUUAUGUCUCAAUCGAUGACUGGCACAACCCAAACACUUCAGAUGAUGUAAAAUAGGGUCUAAACUUCAACACUUGUAAAAAUGAGAAAAAUCAGAGUUUGUGUUUUUAGAUCAUAGACAUUAAAGCUUAAAUAACAUCAUUGUUUAAUUAAAACAAAUGUUCAAUAAAUCAUAGAAUAGUUUGACAACCCUGUUUGUAAGCUUUCAAAUUUGAUUAAACUCAGCCAUUUUAUCUUUUUGAGAGAUCAAGACAUGGCAGGAUGGGGUAUGCAAAAUGGAUCAACUUUGAGUACCUCCUGAAUGUUUUGGCAUUCAGGUCCAAAAAGUCACUUUCUGACCACUUCCACCAUGGGCAAACAUGAAAGUUCAAAUCAAAAAGUGUGCAGUUCAAAUCUAAAGGGGUGCAGUCAGAAAAUGACUUAAAUCAUGGGGGCGACAGGGUAGCCUAGUGGUUUGAGUGUUAGACUAGUAACUGGAAGGGUUGCAAGUUCAAAUCCCCAAGCUGACAAGGUACACAUCUGUCAUUCUGCCCCUGAACAGGCAGUUAACCCACUGUUCCUAGGCUGACAUUGAAAAUAAGAAUUUGUUCUUAACUGACUUGCCUAGUUAAAUAAAGGUAAAUAUAUAUAUAUAUAUAUGGAACAACCCAAAAGCUUAACGGUGCCUUUUUUAGCAUUUAUAUAUGAUGAUAUCUAUUUUUUUUCUCUACUGGGCUGCAUAUGUUGCUACAGUGCCUAACUAGAAGAACUCAUGCAGAUGUAAGCCCAGUUUCUGAAACUAGGAUAACACACACGUUCAAAGUCUGCAAAUCUACUACAGUACAUUUUCCCUACCACUCGUACAGUGAAUUUAUUACACAAAACUGGCCUUAAAAUACAUGCUUGAUAAUGUUAACAUUCUGAUUUCUUUCAAAUAAAUGUAUUAAAAUGCACAUAACAGAGAUGACAGUCUCUGUGGAUGAGAAAUGCUAAAUGAAUUAUAAUAUCAUAUGUAAAUAAACUACAAACAUGAA